UGGGUCGCUUAAACAACAGUCCUAACUUUUGUGUGUUGCAAAUAUAAAAGGCAAGCCAUGUGACAGAGGGACAGAAGAACAAAAGCAUUUGGAAGUAACAGGACCUCUUUCUAGCUCUCAGAAAAGUCUGAGAAGAAAGGAGCCCUGCGUUUCCCCCAAGCUGUACAGUAGCUACUGUGGUGAUCGGUUACAAGAGAAAGGAGCAAGACAAAACUCCAGCAUACAAAGGACAAUGACAACCAGAAAGCGACAGCUCCAUCCUGUCCUGGCCUUGAAAGGAAUUGGAUCCUAGGUGGUGACAUUUCCUAUCUAUUGUCCUCUGUCGCCCUCUGCUGUUCUUCUGGAGAAGUUUCCCCUUACAACAAUGAGAAAUCAUGUACUAGCUGCAUCCAUUUCUAUGCUCUCCCUGCUGGCCGUAAUGGGAGAUACAGACAGCAAAACAGACAGCUCCUUCCUGAUGGACUCUCAACGCUGCAUGAGACACCAUUAUGUCGAUUCUAUCAGUCACCCAUUGUACAAGUGUAGCUCAAAGAUGGUGCUCCUGGCCAGAUGUGAAGGGCACUGCAGCCAGGCAUCACGCUCUGAGCCGUUGGUGUCCUUCAGCACUGUCCUCAAGCAACCUUUCCGUUCCUCCUGUCACUGCUGUCGACCUCAGACCUCCAAGCUGAAGGCUUUGCGUCUGCGCUGCUCAGGGGGCAUGCGACUCACCGCCACUUACCGGUACAUCCUCUCCUGUCACUGCGAGGAAUGCAGCUCCUGAGGCUUGCUGCUGAGUGGCUUUCUGGCUGGGACAACCACAGGAGCAGUUCAACCAGCCAGAGGAGGACUGGCAAGAAAAGAGUUAAGGCAGAUAAACAUGGAGCGAGUCCCACAGGAUUGUGCAUAUUCUAGUUCUAAAGACUCAAUGUGCUUUCAAUGGAGAGUGACUCUGGGAACUCGUCUUUCAUUGCCAUCUCCUUUCCCUGAAGGAAUUUCUUUGGUUACUUUUCAGAUUCAGGCAUUUCCCCUGUUGGCUCUGAAUAUGGUUUGGGUUUCUGACAAUUCUGCAUUAGUGAGAAAAUGUGGGGCCCUGUGCAAGAGUGUGUCAGGCUGUCCCUAGUUGGUGCAUAUUAGGGAAGAAUUUGCCCAACUCUUCUUAGGAGAUCUUUGGUUGUUUUUCACCUUGUCGUUUUGGUCUAAGAGUUGUCUCCAAAGGUUACCAGUUUCAAGUUCCGGACAGCAAGUCCGUGGAUAUGUUUAGUGAGGUUUAUUCACAGCUCGCUGAUACUAAAAUAACUAAUACAUGGGUUCUUUCAUGUGACUAUGGAACUCCUGACAACUAUAGUUCUUCAUAAAUGACUUCGGGGCUAUAAAGGUGGCAUAAGGAAUUUAUUUUCUGGAGGCCUUUGCAGGUAAAUGUUGCUAAACUUUUGUAAGGAGGUAGAUGUUCAAAGACACACACACACACACACACACACACACACAUACAUACACGGAUGGAUACAGUACUGACUCUGGAGAAGGCAUAAAUUACUAGUGGCAUGGGAAUAUGCCAUACUCAUAACUGAGAAUUAGUCAAGCAAGUAGCAGUCUAUUCGUGGGUAUUCAAAAGCUUCAGUCAUGUCUUAAGCAUCAUUCUCUAGCAUCCACCUGUCUACGUGAGGCUGUCUAGUGGUGGCCUAGCUUAUCCUCUGAAAAUUUUGUUCCAAUAUAUUUUUGGUCAUUGAGGCUCAAAUUUUGAAUUCUCCCAAUGUUUUGAAAUAAAAAUAGAGUACCUUCAAAUUUUGGCUGCAUAGGUAUUGUUAUUUCUUCUUCCUCCUCCUCCUCUUCUAAUCUUCUGUGAUGUGAAUAUAAGAUCCAUGUAACUACUGUUUGGAAAUCUUCGAGGAUAUGAUAGAACUAAGAACAAUUCGAAGGAAAUUGAGUCUCAGGACGCAUG